AGCUUGCAGACGAGCUAAGCUACCUGAUAGGUGACACGGCUAGAAACUAGCUAGAGCAGUUCGUCGACCGGCCAUGUCGAUAUCCUCGAGCUCCAACAAGACGCUGCCCUACUCGGCGGACGGUGGCAGCUACAGCACCCACGACACGCUCGCCCUCCUCGUCAUCGGCUUCAGCGUCACCGCCGUCUGUGUCUUCAUAAUCGCCCUAUUCGAUUGCCUGUGCUGCCGCCCGCGCCGCGCUGGCGGCCGCAGGAUCGUCUUCGUGGGCGCCCGGCCGUUCUUGGUGCGUGCCGGCGGCGAUGGUGGGCUGAGCCCCACGGCCGUGGCCGCGCUGCCGUCGUUCUUGUACCACAGAGGCGUGGCCGUCCGCGGCAACGACGGUCCGGACGGUCGUGGCGAAGGCAGCGGCGGCGGCCGCGGGUGGGCGCAGUGCGCGGUGUGCCUCAGCCUGGUGAAGGAAGGGGAGGUGGUGAGGCAGCUGCCGGCGUGCAUGCACCUGUUCCAUGUAGGCUGCGUCGACACCUGGUUGCACUCCCACUCCACUUGCCCUCUGUGCAGGGCCACGGUAGAGCCCCCUUCGAAAGACCAGGUGCCUCCUGUGUGAUCGAUGCGAGAUUUGUGCAGAGUUUUCUGUGCUAUGUACUGUAGCAUAUUUUUGUACAUAUCAGAUGUAGAAAUUACUGUACUACGAGUGCGUACCAAGAAUUCUGCACCAAACUAGUUUCACCUGUCA